GAUAUUACAAACAUCGCAUGCCACCAUGAAUCUACCUUCAUACAGUUUCUUCUUAUACUUCUCUAUAUGCACCGGUUAGUAUCACAAUCUCCAUUCAAAUGUGCCCGCUGUCUGCGAGCUACAAAGCAACAAAAUGCAGCGUCAAACUUGCAUAAGAAUGCCUCUCGACAAUUCUCACAAUCGCCACUUCAUGGGGAAGAUACUAGCAAAGUAACAAAAGACCUUGAGGAUCAAGCUUCAAUCGAAGCUCAGAUAUUGAAGCAACCCUCUAAGAAUGAUCCGGAAAAGAAGGAAGCAGAGAAGGAGCUAGGAGCGAUGUCAAGGCGUCUGUUAGAAGCUACCGAAGAUGCUCUGUUAGAAGGUGGUCGAGCUGGACGAAAAGCUGUGGAAGAGGCGGGCUUCUCCGAAGAAUUGAAGGCAAGGUUACUUGAAAGAUUAGAGGCUUCAAAAUUCAAAUCGGAGAAUGCCUCUGCCUUUACGGAAGCAAGCUUUGCAUCCAAUAUUGGUCGUGGGUCUCGGGAUAUUGCCACAGGGCAAGCAUGGACCGGGCAAGAAGCGGCUGAGGAUACGGUUCUGCGAAUGCUGGAUGAUGCUAGGAAACCUCUGAAUCCUGCUUUACGAGGACCGGGAAAGAUCCCAUCGCCAAUUGUGGAUUUGAGGUUGAAGAAACAGCCUAAACAGAGACCUGGCGAAAGAUUAGCAAACGCGAGGGAUAAAACCUCAAUCUAUGCCAUUUCUAAGGAUAGCCAAAUGAGCGAGCGAGAGAGGGAAGAGUUCAGAAAGGAGCUUAAAGAAAGAUUUUCGCCUGGUGCGAGAGCCAUGCCGAAUUCAAUCAGAGGUUUGGCUGCUUUGGCCAACGAGAGAAUUGAAGAUGCUAUUGCUCGCGGUCAGUUCAAGAAUAUCCCCAGAGGAAAGGCAAUAGAGAGAGAUGCGAGAGCCGACAAUCCAUUUAUUGAUACAACCGAAUACAUCAUGAACAAGAUGAUACAGCGACAAGAUAUUGUGCCACCAUGGAUAGAGAAACAACAAGAACUCGUCAAAACUGCAAAUAUUUUCAGGACCAGAUUGCGGAAUGACUGGAAGCGACAUGCUGCAAGAACAAUUGCAAGUCAAGGUGGUACCUUGCAGGAGCAAAUGAGAACUGCAGAGAUAUACGCACAAUCCGAAGCUGUCCAUAACCCCAAGAAGCGAGCUGUGGAGCAAAUAUCGGUUCCUACAAAUGCUACAGACGAUCCAGUCAUGGUGAAAAUCGUACAAGAAGUUCCAUCUUCGUCUACUGGAGAUCCAGUCAUUCAAAUUCUAGCGGAAACGAAAGAAGAUGAAAUUGGCAUUGGCAAAAUUACCCCUCCUGAGACAAACAGACAGCCAGAUUCUGAACAAACACCCACAGCACUUCCCCCGCCAUUUCGAAUACCGUCCUGGGAGGAAUCCGAACAAUCAUAUCUCAAGUUGGCCAUCACCGAUCUGAAUAGUAAAACGAGAUCUUACAAUCUCAUGGCACCAGAUCUUGCAAAGAAGCCCUACUUUUCAUUAGAACGUGAAUUGAAGUCAUGUUAUGCAGACGUGGCACCCCAAUUAGCUGCCGCUAUCAAAGAAAGAGCCACUAGGCCAGCCAAGGAAUUAGUUGAAAAGAUUGGUCAUCGCCCUGGUGGUAUCAUGGAACGAUUCGGAUCGGAUAAAGUUAAAGUUUAUGAUUCUAAGAGGCCUCUAUAUGGUUUCAAGGAAUUCUGGAAUGAUUUGUUUGGGGAGAAACAAGCAUAAGUCUAUCUUCCAUUUAUGAUUAUACAUCGAGAGCAACUUCUGGGUUGGGAAACACAAUACUUGGAAAUGGAAGGAAUGGUGGUGGAUGGGGCCCUCAUAAGACGCCUGUUUACAGCUCAUGUUACUUGCAAAGCUCUAUACAACAUACAUCAUAGCCUCAAUCAGCUUCAGGCAAUUAUGCAAACACCAUUACACAUAUUUUCCUCAAGCGGCAUCAAAAUUCAUUUUCGAAUAUCGGUAUGGAAUCAGACGGAAAAGCCUUGUCAGUUACCACACCCGUCGCCAGCUCUGCUACAAGCAGGCCUAUGCACAGUUCAGCAAUCCAACAGACAUUCCUGGGCAGCCAGCAAGUUCAGGGACCACGAUGGGCUACGCGAACUUGGAAAGGGAUUUCAGACUAUACAAGAGUUACACUUUCCACAGCGGACAGUGGAACCUUGUCGUUCUCACUUUUAUAAACACGUCUGGAAUAGAUUGCCAUCAAAGACAACGGAGAAUCAGUGAUCAGGUAACUGGGAAUAGCGCCACAUAUGAAUCCCGCCAUUUGGGAGAUAGCGCCGUGAGAAUCAAAUUUCAAAUUGAACAUUUUUUGGUGCCUGAGAAAAUGUUACUCAUUGAUGUAUUUUCUGAUCCCAAACAGCGUUUUGUAAUUAAUGAAUUCAUCUAAUUGGCUCCACUAUGUCGCCA